GACGAAGAAGAUGAAAGUGGUGAAAAUCUUUUUGGUGACGACAUGGAAAGAGACUAUCGGCCUAUUCCUGAACUCGAUGUGUACGAUGAGGAGCUUCUGGCUCCCCCUGAUGAGGACUUGGAAGAAUUGUCACCAACCGCUCGAGCCGAAGCUGAGCGUGAAAUGAGGCAACGUGAUCGAGAGCAAGCACUCGAAGAGGAGAUUGUUCCCGUUCGUCGUCGUAGGCUUGCUGAGCGGGCCGCUGCUGGCAUGGGCCCUGAAUUUGAGGAACCAGAAGCUGCUCUUGAGAGCAUAGAAAAUUUGGAGGAUAUGAAAGGAAUGUCGGUCAUUGAGUGGGUUCAGCAGCCGGCAACUCGGCAAGAAAUCAAAAAUCGGUUCAGAGCGUUUCUGCGAACGUUCCUUGACGAAAAUGACCGUAAUGUUUACGCGGAACGGAUAAUGCAAAUGGCAAGAGAAAAUAAGCAAAGUCUGCAUGUUGACUAUCAGCACUUGGCUUCCGCCGAGCAAGUCCUCGCCUACUUCCUUCCGGAAGCACCCCAAUAUGUGUUGGAGAUCUUCGAUGAGGCUGCUCGCGAAGUAACAUUGGCCCGAUUUCCUCGCUACGACCGCAUUUCUAAUCGUGUACAUGUCCGCAUAAACGACCUACCUUUAAUUGAAGAUCUUCGCUCACUACGUCACCUACAUCUACAUCAGCUAGUGAGAACAAGUGGUGUGGUCACUAGUAGCUCAAGUGUGCUUCCUCAGCUCAGUGUCGUCCGUUACAACUGUACAAAAUGUAACUGUUUGUUGGGUCCGUUUGUCCAAGGACAACUCGGUUCUGAGGUCCGUCCAUCCACUUGUCCGGAUUGUCAGUCGAACGGGCCCUUUGAACUGAACAUGGAACAGACAAUCUUCAAAAACUAUCAACGAAUUACGCUUCAAGAAAGUCCAGGCAAGGUCCCACCUGGUCGGCUUCCUCGUUCAAAAGAUGCUAUUCUUUUGGACGACUUAGUCGAUGGAUGUAAACCCGGGGAUGAAAUAGAGCUCACUGGUAUUUAUACUCACAGCUAUGAUGGAUCCCUGAAUACGCAACAAGGCUUCCCUGUUUUCGCUACAGUGAUUAUAGCAAACAAUAUCCUGCGAAAAGAUGAUAAGGUAAACGUGGCGACGUUGACGGAUGAAGAUAUCCGCGCUAUCCUCAAGAUGUCGCGUGACGAACGCAUUGCUGAUCGCAUUUUUGCGAGUAUUGCUCCGAGUGUCUACGGACAUGAUGAUAUCAAGCGGGGCAUUGCUCUAGCACUGUUCGGUGGCGAACCAAAAAAUCCAGGUGGAAAGCACAAAGUUCGUGGGGAUAUCAAUGUUCUAUUAUGCGGUGACCCGGGUACUGCCAAAUCGCAGUUCCUCAAAAGCGUGGAGCAAUUGGCCCCCCGUAGCGUGUUUACGACCGGUCAGGGAGCUAGUGCUGUCGGUCUAACGGCGUACGUGACUCGUAGUCCCAUUUCUCGUGAAUGGACUUUGGAAGCCGGUGCUCUUGUGCUAGCUGAUCGUGGAGUGUGCCUCAUUGACGAGUUCGAUAAGGUGAGAAAUCGAUUGUUUUCUCGUUUGCUUAUCCUCCAUGUAUUACUUAUCGUACAUCUUAAUGAUCUAAUCAUCGUACGUGAACUCAAACAAAUAUCUGCGAAGGACAUUAGAAUGAUGGACUUGUGA